AUGUCGUCUGCCGACCCUGCGUAUGAUGGGGAGACCCCUGAUUCAGAUUUGAAUUCUUCGGUCUCUAAAGAUGGAGUUACAUGGGCCUACAAAAGUGACUCGACCAACAUUGUCGUCCGUGAAAAACGUCCAGCAAACCAAACCGUCACCUGGCAGAAGAAAAAAACAAUGCGCGUGUUCGCAGAGAUCCCAUGCCCCCGCUUCGGCUGCUUCUACGCCAUCGACAGCCAGGGCAGGGUGCACUACUACAGUCCGACCGCACACCGGUCAGCCGUUCUCAGCGAGGAGCAUGUGGACUAUUUCCUGCGACAAAACCCCGCGUACGCACAUCUCGUCGCUCGUGACAACAAUCCCGCCCAGGUGACCGCCACUCCCGCCCCAAUCCCGCGCAGCCCUUCCUCCGACAGCAGCACCAAUGUGCAGAUCACGGAGACAUACCGCAUUCCUCCCACCGCCAACACCUACAGGGGAGUUGACCGCCUCCACUACGCCGUCAGCACUGACGGCCAAGUGUGGCUGUACUGCCCCAAUUUCGACACGGUUGCCUUGUUGUCGCCUGAGGAGCUCCGCGAGUUCCGCGAGCAGUAUCCGAACGUCCCAGCCAGCAACCAGCACCCUCAAGCAGAGCCCGAGCCCCAGGAAGACGCAAGCCAACAAGGCGAGAGCAGCGCCGCAGCUCUCCAGCCAGGCCUGGAGUUCAUCCGCCAGAUCCCAAUCCGCGGCAUUUCACCGGCAGAGCUUGUGUACACGGUGGGGUCAAACGGCGUCGUGUACUGGUAUCUGCCAGAGACGGGCGGAUUCCAACCACUCAGCCUCGUAGAGCUGCACAACUUUGCCGCCACCAUGACCACGGAAAGCUCAGACGACGACGACGACAACGACGACGACGACGACGACGACGACGACGACGACGACGACGACGACGACGACGACGACGACGACGGCAGCUCGUCCGAGUGGGAGUCUGAUAGUGACGUCAGCGACGACGAGGCCAACCCCGAGGCCGAGAGGCAGAGAUACCAGCUUGUUCGGGCAUCUUGGGGAGACUGGCUCAGCCCACCCGAGGCCCGCAGGUGGUCGCCGAUCCGCUUUACGUCGAACACGUGCUCGAGGCAGGCUUUCAUCGACGACACGGGCCACCUGGAUACCUGGGCCAACAUGCAGACCAGGAACCCCGUGUACCGCGGUUUGCUGCCCAGGUGCCGCUGGGUCACGAUGCGGCAUGCUGGUCCGCUGGCAAUAGGGCCGGCCCCAGGGGUGACGGUGACUGAUCCGGAAGGCAUAGAAUUGUGGCUGGAUGACCACAUGCCGCUGGGUCACCCGGGUUAGAGAAG